AUGACAGGGAAGGAUAUUACUUGGCUCAUUCCCCUCCUCCUCCUGACGGCGACGUCAAUUAAAGGCGAUUCUGAGCCCUUUCACGGGUUGAAAAAGCCCCCAAACUAUCACGAUGACGACGAUCAGGCUCAGUGUACACCCAUUCGUGAGCCUGUCUGUCAGGGGCUUCAAUACACCGAUACAAGGAUGCCAAAUUGGGUUAAAAUGACCUCCCAAGAAGAGGCGGCUAAGCGCAUGAUAGAUUACAAGUCCCUCUUGAACAUUAACUGUUCUCACUACCUCAAACUCUUCCUCUGCACCAUCUACUUCCCAAUGUGUGCUCCAGUAUUGGAAAAGACUCCUCUAAAGCCCUGUAAGUCCCUCUGUGUCCAUGUACGCGGUCGUUGUGAGCCAAUCAUGCAACAGUUCCAGUUUAGCUGGCCUACUGAACUGGCUUGUGAUGAUCUGCCAGAGCCUCCAGACCUCUGUAUCCAGCCGGACGGCUAUGCUCUGGAUGCUCAGAAGCCCGUUCUUCCAGCUGCUUCCAGUAACGUAGCAUCUCUGCAAAGAAUGUAUCCCCAACUGCAAGAUCUGUUCCUCAAACGAGGCCAUGGUCCACCCAAUAUUGAUACCCUAAUCCAAGCUGCUGCUGCUGCUGUUGCUGAUGGUUCUGCUUCAGCUGCAUCCAGCGGGUCGAGUAAUGUCUGUUCCGGGGCCGAGUUCUCAGCGGCUCAUUUCUCCAACGAUACCUGUUUUACUUAUUGUGGUGCUGACCUCUUCUACCGACCUGGUGACAAGAAAUUUGCGCGCGCUUGGCUUCUUGGCUGGUCCAUUCUUUGCGUUGCCUCAUCUGCUCUCACGUUUUUCACAUUUUUCAUCGACGGUUCGCGUCUACAGUACCCGGAAAGGCCAGUUCUCUACCUCGCUGCGUGCUAUUUUGUCAUUGGUGUGGGCUACAUCCUGCAGUACGCUCUCGGUCCAGAGCGUGUUACCUGUCGGUCGCUGCAAGCUGGAGACUCGAACGGCGCAGAUAUUCAGAAACAUCUUUUAAUGGGAGGACAGGAGAGCACUUGGUGUACUGUUGGUUUCCUCAUCUCUUAUUAUUUUGGAAUGGCGAGUAACUUUUGGUGGGUAAUGCUCAGUCUUGCUUGGUAUCUUUCCACAUCAAGAAAGUGGGGCCACGAGGGCGUCGAAUCAGUUAGCAGUGUCUUUCACAUGUUCGCUUGGGCUCUGCCAGCCAUUCAGGCUAUUCUCAUCCUCAUUCUUCAUAAAAUCGACGCGGAUGAAUUGACUGGGACCUGCUAUACGGGGUUUCACAGCGAGGCAUCACUCAUGUUCGGCGUUCUCCUACCCCAAGCCAUCUGUCUGCUUCUCGGUCUCCUUCUCCUCAGUGUAGGCUUUGCGGCCGUUUUUCGUGUCCGUCGAAAGCUUAAAGCACCCAGUGAGCGGGAACGUGAAAGUCGACGACGUCUGGAGAAGUCAAUUGCAAAAUUGGGUGUCUUUGUAGUUCUCUACACCUUCCCUAUGGCCUGCCUUCUCGCUAGCAAUCUGUACGAGUAUCUUGGACAGCCGCGAUGGCGCGCUGCACUGCGAGAACUCAACGCAGCUCGGCCGCACUGUCUUUCUCCACGUGGCGUGGCAUGGGGCCUUCCGGAAUGCCAUCCAAACGACUCACCCUCAUCAGAGGCAGCAAUGCUUCGAAUCUUCAUGUCAUUUGUCGUUGGUAUCACCUCGGGCAUGUGGGUGUGGGCCAAUAAAAAGACUUUAGUGAGCUGGAAGCGUGCUAUCUUUAGGGGUUGUCGAAGUCGUGCACCACCACUACCACAUCCGCAACCACCUCAACAGCAGCAAUCACAGCAACAGAGGUCCAAGUUUGAACGCAAUAAUACCUACAGAACUCCUGGAUAUGGGGGACCGCUGUCAGCUGAUGCUACAGAUGUGGAUCGUCCAGCCGCUGUCUUUGCCACAGACGCCAAUACAAUAUUUUCCGCUUCAGCUGUCGGUUACACCUCAAGUGGUGCGUGUCAGUCCUGUCACAUCUGUCCACCGCCGCCAGCUCCUGCACCGACAGACUUGACGGGUGGAGGAUAUUCAUCAACGUCGGGGCAGUCAGGUCUGGAGAUGUAUGGCGAGUGCUACAUGCAUCAGCACUUGGCUGCGGCUGCGCUGCCUCAUGAUCAGCGGUUCCAGCGGCAUCAGGGCUUCCCAUUUCAGAGUGGUGAUGCAUCAGCUGGUAAUGGAGGGUUAGCUUCACUUAUGCAUCGACCGCCGAACACCAGUGAAUGCGUUUGA